AUGGACGAUACCUAUGGGUUUGUGCCCAUAGUGGCAAUGUUUUAUGCGGUGUUUCAUCCCACCGAAGGCACAAAGGUAGUGCACCAGGUGCCGUCUGGGUCGGUGAUAACUCCAGAGAAACAAGACUCGUCCUCAUUCCAGACGCCGCUUUUCGAUUUCGAUAGCAUUAAGAAUUACGUGAUACCGAAGCCGAGCCUUUGUGACACGCUGGUUACCUUCAAAAUCAAUUCAUACCGAAUUGUAGGGUUCCCAUCGAACAUAUACUCAUCGCAAUAUGCCAGGAACUCGUUCAGCUUCAACUUCUGUUUCGUGUUUCCCUAUGAAAGUGACACCACGCCCUACGAAGGACAGAUCAAGAGGAUGGGAAAGAUGUUUCGAGCCUUGGAGGAACAAUUCCAAAUUUUGUCCCGCCAUUCUGACAAAGAUGCAAAUGUAUUUUUUAAAGCUGAGUCGCAAGCAGAUAAGACCGACACCAAUCCGCUGCUAGUCAAGAGCAAAGGAAUCUCCGAAGACUCGCGCUAUUUGAAAAUGGUUACUGACGAAGACGAUCAUGGAAUCCAUGGAACAAUGGAUGGAGUGGCUGCAAUACCCCCUGGCCAGCUAGAAGCCAACCAGCCUGAACUGUCUUCAAUAGAGAGUCUCAUUCAACAGAUAUUCCAGGAUCUGAACAACUACUCGGAAUGCCAAAUUCCGAUUGAUGCUGCCAAUUCUGUUGACAUCAAGCUGUUUCCUAUAAUUCCCCCUCCGCCUGAUAUCAACUCUUCGGAUGUUCCUGUGGUGACGGUGAAACUAGACUCGUUGGUGGAUGUGAACUGGGAUCCAACUAUGCUCAAGAUUUUGCCUUAUAUCGAUGGAAUCAAUUCCAUACACAAAAUCGCGAAACUUGCAGAGGCUGACUACUUCUUGGCGAAGCAAUGUAUUCAGCACCUACUCCACUAUAGAUCGGUUGCUAUAGUCGACAUAUUCCAGUUCUCCAACACAUAUGCUCCGACGUCGGAGAUAAUACGCUUUCUAACUGAUCCGCAGAUGGCAAGUGAAUGCCAGGCCUAUGUAUUUUCAGAGCCAACCUUUGCCAAUCUGCCUUUGUAUGCCCCCAGGCAAUCCGCAGCUUCUUCUGACAAUGCAAGUGUGAUCAGUGGUGAGGGAAAGGGUCAGUACCAUACUCCGGUGGAGUCGGUUUCGCCAAAACAACUUACGUCGCUGAAUAGACCUCAGCGAAUUGUCAGACCCUCCAAGACUACACUCUUUUCGCUAUACCGGUCGCUUCACCAGAGUCAGACUAUGAAAGAGUGGUACUUGGAGCACGCCAGUGUCCUGAAAAACAUUGAUAUCAGGAGGUUUGUUUCGUUUGGGGUUUUGCGUGGAAUCAUUUACAGGGUAAGGUCCUAUCCUAUCUCAACAAAACUUUUGAAUUCACUUGAUUCAGGAUUCGAUGACAUGAAAGGUCGCAGUAUUUUACCAGUUGAGAAGAAAAAACGGUCACCCACUUUCGUCAGAGGGGCUGUCAUGGAAAGGCCUUCUUUCAGUGGUUUUGGUGCGGAUGAAGAGGACGCCGUUGUUGAUGGGGAAGAUGGUGAAGAUGCCGAUACCGUCAUAGAUAUGUCUGCUGUCGAGCAGGAGAGAAUCAAGAGGGCUGAAGAGUCGCAUCUGGUGAGGCUUUUGAAGAAGGCCAAGGACUUUGACGCCAUUUGCACGGAGAUGGGCAAGAGCAAGACUGAGGUUGAACACCUGCUCAAUGGUCUUGGGCCUUGGAGUGUUAUUAACUCAUAG